UCUUGAAAUCACGCUCAAAAUACAAGAGAUAUAAGAUAAAAAUUUAAGAGAUAAAGCGACUUUUUUUUUAGGAAGAGAGAAAAAACCGUAAUGAAUUUAAAUCCCCAAAAAGCAGCAAGACUGUGUAAAGAUUUAAUAGAGAGGUUUAAGUCAAGCUAAUCGAGAAGUAUUGCAAUUAGGUCCACAGUUGUUUUGAUUCUCAAAGCAAUGAGCUAUCCCAUGGCUACGGGUUGACAGAUCCACAGUUAAAUUGGAUGAGUGAAUAAAUUAGCCAAAUAUCGACAUAUGCUUUCACUAUUGGGCUUGCUAAAGAUGGUGUUAUAUUGGUUCACAAGAGAASCACUGUAGACGUUUCAAUAACAGAUCGUUUUACACAGGUCGAGCGAGUACCAUUCAACAAAUGACAGGAAAUGAAGCCGACCCACACAAUGUCCUUCGUAGCAGUUCGGGCCCGGCUCAAAACACAGCCAGCUCAAAACGCUUCCUUAAAUUACAGAAACGAACAAAGACUCUUCUUUACAGACUAUUACUCUUAGGAAUAUACACUACGACUGGUGCGGCGGUAUUCCACGUUAUAGAGUCGGGCAAUGAAGACGAGAAAAACUUUUGUCACAAUGAAGGAGAUUCAGAAGUGGAACUAGAAAUGGCCAAGAAAUUUAAUGUCUCAAUGAAGGAAGUUCGAAAGAUCGUGGAAGAUUUGUGUGCGAUGUUUGAGGCGUCUCACAGGUGUAAAUACAGCCAUAAUGACUGGAGUUAUUACCAAUCGCUGUACUUUGUCGGCAGUGUGACUACCACUAUAGGGUAUGGCCACUUGGCACCCAAGACACAGCCUGGCCGAUUGUUUUUGAUAUUUUUCGCAUUCUUUGGAAUUCCAAUCAACCUCUUAACACUUCAGUCUAUUGGCGAACACAUUAAUCUUUGUUUUCAUUGCCUGAUCACGUGUGUGGAGAAAAAACUCUUCAAGAACAGCACAGUUCGUCACGAACACAUCAAGACUUUUAUCCUCAGCGUAGUUCUAAUGAUCUUAAUCCUUCCCAUUGGAGGGAUAAUGUACUACUUUUCGGAGAGAGAAAAAGGCUGGUCCUUUUUGGAUAGUGUUUAUUACACGUUCGURGCUUUGAGCACUAUUGGAUUUGGGGACCUGGUACCGAAUGAAGGCAAGGAGCCCAAAUCGACCUAUGAACGAGUCAUGUGGUGCGUGAGGUUAAUGUUCAUAGGACUUGGUCUUUCGCUCGUCUCUAGCGUAUUUACAUCGAUCAGCAGUGCGACUAAACAAAUCAAAUCGGCUUAUAUGAGCAAAAAAGGAAAAUAUCAUAUCAAUCAAAUGAACCCAAACAAGCCUUCUUACGACUGCAGCACCAAACAAUGUUUUCUUAAUUUCAAAGAACUGCUUUGCAACACUAACGUGGAAAACACUUCAGGUAAUACAGUCAGCCCGCAACGAGAGGCGUAUUCAGUUUUUGAGGACACAAUAUCGACGACCUCAACUAGUUUAAAUCCGUCACACACCCACGUGGGCCUUAGCAACGAAGAUUACGUGCAAGAGCACGUAAACGCUUUAACGAAUAACGUCAGGUACAGGAGUAUUUCGAUGGCCUUUGGUCCCACGAGUCUGGGUAUCGACUUAGAUACAAACUCGUGUAUUUUAAUGGUAGAUCGAACAAACAGUAACAGUAUUCACACCUCACGAGAUGUGAACAAUUCCGAUCAUCCUACGAAGGGCUCCGAUCAUCCUACGAAGGACUCCCGAACAGAAAUAAAUGGCGCCGGUAUCCUAGGUAACCAUAAGAAAACAGAAACCGAAGAUCCUGAUAGGAUGAAUAAAUCACGUGAUAGCACGUGGACAAAUAAUGAAAUGACAGCAGCGUCAAAUGAAGACGCAAUAAAACAACUCGAUAAUAAAGAUUGAUGAUAAAAUGUUGAUCAACACAUCUAUCAAAAUGUUGGAAGUCAAAAACUAUCCUUUUGUCGAAUCGAUAUCAUUGGGUUUGAUUGUGACGUCAUAACCGUGGUGUUUGACGACCCAAUAAAAAGCUUUUUGCUAAGCUCC